AAUUAAAAAAGGCCGCUAAAGCUGGAAGAUAGAGGAGAGAGAAAGACAGAGAGAGAAAAGUAAACAGCUUGCAAGAGAGAGAAGAGUGAGCACAGAAGAGAGAUAAUGAUGGCGAAGCCGGCGGCGACCAAGAUUCGUCUGGGAAACAAGCACAACGGGCGACCUCCUCGUCCCGAUCCCCCUCUUCUUCGUCACCUGCCGCCUCCUCCGCCGCCUGAGACUCGCCGUAGACGUAGUCUUCGUCCCCGGAGGCGGCGGCAGCUGUCCGAGGGCACUGCCUACGAGUUUGACCACGAAGAAGAAGAAGAAGAAGAGGAGGAGCGCGGCCUGAAGAAGCUACGCUUGGUCGUUAAGCUGCCUCGUUCACCCGCCGGCAGGCCUGGCCGGGCGGCGGCUGUCAGUACGGCCUCCUCCUCGUCGUCGUCCUCCCCUUCGCCCUCACCGGCCUCGUCCUCCUCUUCGUCGUAUGCGGACGAGGAUGAGCUUGGCGUGAACGGAGAUGAUGAAGUCGAGCCCGUCAAGCCCCCUAAAAAGCGGCGGAUCGACCGCUGCGGCGAUGCUGCGGCAGUCGCCGUGUGUAGAUCCGGCUAUCAUGAGGAAAGCAAGAAAAAUGCAUUCAGAAGAUCAUCAGGCGAUGGUUCUGGUUAUUUUCCAUCUUCGUGGAACGGAACUCCAAUGCCGGAGAAGAAGGUGCUGGAGUUAAUUCUACUUAAGCUCCAAAGGAAGGAUACAUAUAAUGCAUUUGCGGAUCCUGUGGAUCCCGAAGAGCUUCCCGACUAUCAUGAUGUCAUUGAGCAUCCAAUGGAUUUUGGGACUGUAAGGAAAAAGCUGGGCAGAGGUGCUUACCGUUCCUUUGAGCAGUUUGAGGAUGAUGUUUUGCUAAUUUGCAGCAAUGCAAUGCAAUAUAAUGCACCAGACACCGUUUACUUCAGACAAGCAUGUGCUAUACAAGACCUGGCAAGGAAAAAGUUUCAGUGUGUUAGAGAGAAUGUAAAACACAAAGAAAUUGAACAAACUGAGCACAGGUCCAAAGAGAAAGCCAGUUUAACUCCCAUGGAAAAAAAGAUUACACGGACCUUGCGCAGUGACAAGAUCCAGCACAAGGCUGUGGUGGAGCCUAUUGUAUCUGAUAUCUCCUCUGGUGCCACUCUUGCCUCUGCCGGCGAUACCUCUACUGGCUUGAGCACAGUGAAUGGCGUCGAGAAGUUUGUCGCUGUUAAUGAACUUCUGGAUGCUAGUUCUUCGCUGGAGGGGAGCAAACAAGAGAAGUGCGGUGCUGUUAAUGGACUUCUAGAUGCUAGUUCUUCUCUGGAGGAGAGCAAACAAGAGAAGUCCGUUGCUGUAAAUGGACUUCUAGAUGCUAGUUCUUCUCUGAGGGUGAGCGAACAAGAGAAGCCUGUUGCUGUUCAUGGUCUUGUAGAUGCUAGUUCUACUCUGAGGGAGAGCAAGCAAGAGAAGGCUGCCACUGUUAAUGAACUUAUAGAUGCUAGUUCUUCUCUUGGGGAGAGCAAACAAGAUAAAGGAGAUGACUUUUCAGCUAAGUGCUCCCCCUCCAAGAUCGGUCGAAAACCAGCACCUAUCGAUGAAAAUCGACGGGCAACUUAUAGCACAAGUCUACAGCAAAAAUCUAUGGUCGAGUCUGAUUUUGUGCUCGAUCUCUUCGACGAUGAGCAAAAACAGCUGGUUCCUGUUGGACUUGAUUCUGAGCAUUCUUAUGCUAGGAGCCUUGCACGGUUUACUGCUUCUCUUGGGCCUGUGGCCUGGGAAAUAGUGUCCAAAAAGAUUGAAAAAGCCUUACCUCCUGGGAUAAAAUUUGGGCCAGGAUGGGUUGGAGAAUAUGAGCCACUUCCCACUCCUUUUCUUUCUGUUGGAAACUGCAAUCCGCAGCUUACUAACAAAUCAACCUCAUUUUCAAGGACAGCCACAAAUGAUAAGGUUGCUGAAAUGAAAUCAAAGAAUGGACAGACUCCCAGUUCUGAUAACAUAGAGUUACUUGUCAAGAAACGAAUGACCUCUAAAGCCCCCAGAAAAGCACCUAAUUCUGGUAAGAUUAUCUCCUGUGAGAAUUCAGGAGAUCAAAAGCCGAGGUUUCUUGGUGUUGAUGGCACAGCAAAAUCCAAAAUCAAUGGCACAGUUGGGCUGAAACAGUGCAGUGAUUCCAGUAACAUAAACAUUGGUGUCAAUAGUCAGAUGAUGAAUAACAGAAGCUUAUCUAUAGCUUCUGUUCGUGUAAAGGAGGAAACCCCGUGCGACGAUAUUGCAGAGAGGAAGCAAGAAGUGAUUCGCACCAAUGACCAAAUGAAUUCUCAUCAGCUGAAAAAUCAAACCACAGCAGAUUUUCCCAAGGCUUUCACAAAUGCUUUGCCACAAGCCCUUUCGGGGUCUACGGGCAAUCCCUCCAAUAAAGCAGCACAUACUAGCUUUCCUGGAAGUUUUUCUAGGGAGAACAGCCAUAUGCAGACUGAAACCCAUAAAGUAUUCCAAGCAGUAUCAUCACAGAAUCUCAAUACUGCUCCAGAAAUUGGUAUAAGAGGUUCAAAUAAUUGUUUGGCUUUCAUCUCAAGCAAUCAAACUGGAGUAAACUAUGGUGUUGGUCGUGCUAAUAAUCAUGAUCAGGUUUCUAAUUAUCCCUUCAAGUUGGCCAGUUUUCCGGGGAAGGUUAGCAACCAACAGAACUUUGUCACUAGUGGCACUAGUCAUGUAGAACAAUCCACGACAAUAGUUCCACCACUUACCAAGGAGAAUUUUAGUCCAGCAACAUCUGCAGCUGCAAAAGCAUGGAUGUCAGUUGGAACCUCUGGCCAGUGGAAAUCAGUUGAUAGUAAAAACACUUUAGAAAAGCCAAGCAUUUCUUCUCCUUUCUGCAACUCUCCUACUUGGAAACCCCCUGUUUCUGCUUCUCAGUUUAAUGGAUAUUCUAUAGUACGACCUGCAAAUUUGCCCUUACAGGUAGAGGCCUCGCAAGUUAAAAAUAGAGGCCUAGUUAUUUUCCCACAGUUGAUUCCGACAGAUUUAUCAAAAUAUCAGAAUCAUCCAUCUUGGCAACUUUCCAGUCCUCAAACUCAGAGCAAGCAGAGAGACAAUCUUCCUCCAGAUCUGAAUAUUGGAUACCAAGCCCCAACAUCCCCAAUUCAGCCUUCUUCAAGUCUGGCUAUGGAUUCUCAGCAUCCGGACUUAGCUUUGCAGCUGUGAAAACAUUGGAAGCCUCAUUAUAACAUCUUGCAUCUGUUCACGGUGGAGAGAUCUAAGGAUUCAGGAGCUGAGGGAUUUUGUUUACUGCAACAAUUUGGUGCUGGUUGGAAAUUUCCAGGAAAAAUUGCCAGUAAUCUUGGAGAUGAGUUCUGCUUCGCAGAGACUCUGUAAGACCAAUCGCUUGCAGUUUGGGCUGUUUUAAAUUGAUUAAGGCUUCGUUUGGGACGGUUUUCUUACUGCUUCUUAAAGCGGCUUUCUUGUAUAAAAAAAUUAAUUUUUGUACUAGAAAGCAGCUUUAAGAAACAAUAAAAAGACCUAAAUGGUCAAAGCUUCCUAAAAUUGAAGUGUUGCACCUAAGAGAUGGGAAGAACUGACUUUUGCUCAUAGAAAUUGGGCAAAAUGGGGUUGUCAGAGUUGGAAAUUUCAUGCAGAUCUGAUUCCAGCAAUUGGUUUCCAUCAAUUGUUUUUUUCAUGGGAAUCCUUGUAUAUCAGAUUAGGACAAUAAAUCCUGUUCUUAUGGUUAGGUUUCUCUUCUUUUUGGCUGCAGACUUUGCUGCACAUGUCUUUGACACAUCUAGUUCUGGUAAUGUAUAUUUAUCCUUUGGAUCAUUGAUAUAGCUCAAAUGAAUUGCUUUUUAUUCCAC